AUGGCCAUUACGUACGACCAAAAUAUUGAUAUAGUUUUCCCGUCUAUCCUAUGGCUCACUCAUCACAUGGCUACCUUAGAAAUCUGUAACUUCUUGAUCUUUUUCCUGUUCUUCCUCUUCCAUCCUCAUAGCGCUAGCACCACAUGCGGUGGCUCAACCUGCCCUGAUGGCGGCCCGUUGGUUCGUUUCCCUUUCCAGCUAACAAACCACCAAGCCAAAAGUAAUUGUGGGUAUCCAGGGUAUGAUCUCUCAUGUAACAACAGAAGUCAAACCACUCUCACUCUUCCAUCUUUUGGGGACUUCACUGUCCAAACCAUCAACUACAUGAUACAAGUGGUGUCGAUCAGCGACCCCGAUAACUGUCUUCCUAAACGUUAUCUCCACCAUGAAACCAGUCUUGUGGAAAAUUCACCCUUCUUCCACUUUACUUUCAGCAGCCUGGUGAACUACACGUUCCUCAACUGUUCCUCCUCUGAAGUACGCAGCUUGCCUUCAGGAAUCAUCUCUUGCCUCAGCACUGAGUACCACAAGGUCAUUGCUUUACGUACAAGUUGGCUUUUGCCACCCAAUCCAAUACCAUUGCCUCUUUGCUCUGUGAUUUCGACAACUUUGGCUCCGAGUUUAUUUGAUUGGGAUAACCAUGACAUCGAGUUGACAUGGAAGGUGCCUGAUUGUCGUUCUUGUGAAGCAGGAGUGAAUUUGGAUAUUAAUAACAUUGAUUCUUGCCUGAAUGUUCCAUUAUAUCCACAGCCCAGCAACAUAAACAUAUACCCGAUAUUUAGAUGA